AUGGCGCGCCAAAGAGCCACUCGACCCCCUUAUACAGUACAAUACGCAAACCCUCCUAUUGGGGAGUUCGAGCGGUUUGGGGUUUUAUAUGAGCCGUCCGGAACAGUAGGUACGACGACUUAUAUGGCAGGGUGGCAUUUGGGAGGAGACAGGAAAGACCACGAUCAGUUUGGAAGCCGGUUAGGGCGAUAUAGUACAGAACCCGUGGCUUCCACCGUAAGCUGGAGGAUAUUGAAGCCUUCAACAGUCAUCUGGUACAAUCAGUCCAUUAUUUCCAUGGGGCGAAGAUGGAAAUGGAAUUCUGAAAGACUUGGCCAUUUUUUCAGCCCUAUUAGUCACAAUCUUAGUGGGAGUGUGGCGUGUCCCCGCUUAAAUAUCAUCCUUCGACUUUGGAGGCGAACCUCGUCUUCGGAAAGUUCUGACGACCGCGGUCUGGUGACUGAUUUUAUUUUUGCCAUAGGCUUCUGGAACGGUCGAGCCUUCCCCUGGGGCAAAGGUUACGAGAGCGGAAAGCCUGGGAUAUUAGCGCGUUUUCACCUUCACGAUGGUGGAGUCGAAGCGUUUCAUAAUAAGCUGCGGCUAGAUAGCGAGUACUCUGGAAAGGUUGUCAUUGAUGAGUUGUUCAGGUCGACCCUGGAUUGAUCGGUUGAUCAGUCAGAUAUUUCCAUCAUUCCAAAGUCCUUCCCCUCAAAAUCCUCUUUGCAUGCCAUUGCUCAUAUUCAUUAUGUAGUCACACCAUACUGGAGUACGUUGGUAGGGAGUAUUUACUCCUCCCGAUGUCCUGGAGGAACACAAAUACCAAUACAGAGCAGAGGAAAAUAAG